AAAUUUCACUGUUUAACUGCUUGAUUUUUUGUGAGUUUAGUUCAGUUUCUGGUGUGUUUAAUACAUGAACAGAAUUAUUGGAUAAACUUGCUAGGGGGAGCGCUUGUGUCGCUUCCCAAGACCAAGCGUAGGACAUACUUCUGAAUUUCCGAUCUUCAAAGUUCUCUAACUUUGCGUUGUACAACGCCGCAAUGUUUCUGUUUAAUAAUAAACAACAAAUUUUGGUUCGAAAUCUCACAAACCGGCAUCGGGUUUUUCAAGAUUGUUGUGCCAUUCUUUUACAAUUCCUUCAGAUUUGCAUCGAUCUCGGGCGCAAAGCUUAUCUCCUUAUUGCACAAGCUGUUCAUAACAAAGCACUUGCUGGAAGCUCACCAGCUAGUGACUUUGGUGAAUUUUUACAGCUGCCAAAGACAAGUCACUUUGAAAUUCAGCAAUUUGACAGAUUCAUCAUGCCACACUUCUCAUCCCAAAAUAUAUCUGUAGAGCAAAAUCAUGUCUUGAUGAUCCGUAUGGAUAAUGCUAAGAUCAUUUCUCAUAUACUCAAAGCCAUCAAUUUUAAAGAGAAUUCUGUAUUUUGCUGCACCAAAGAUGGAUUGAAAGUAACAGUUGAAGAUAUGAAAAGUGUGCAACUGAAUGCCUUCAUCGAGCCUGGAAUUUUCCAAAGUUAUGUUGUAAAAGAAGAAGAGAUCAAAUUUCAACUAAACCUAACUGUGCUACUGGAAUGUUUGAACGUUUUUGGUUCCAGUGGCCUCCAAAGCGGCACCUCACCAGCCUUAAAGCUCUAUUAUAAUGGUCAUGGAACUCCGGUCUCAAUUUUGCUUGAAGAAUCUGGUGUCAUUACUGACUGUAAGAUACGCACAGUUCAUUUCGACCCAGUUUUGGAUUACGAUUUUGGUACUUCUAAUGUGAUUGGCCGUAUUAUAAUGAGUUCAGAAUGUCUUAAAGAGGUAUUCUGCGAGCUCGAUUCGACCAGCGAUUGUGUUCAGUUCUCGAUGUCUCCUGAUUCCGCUAAUUUUCGGAUCACUACAUUUGGCCAUUCAGGAACCUAUCACGUUGACAUUCCAAAGGCUAGUGAUGUUAUCGAAAGCCUUCGUUGUACAUCUCCGGUGUCGUUUAAGUAUAAACUUUCGUUGAUGAAACCAUCUAUUAGACCACUUGGAAUAGCGCAAAAGGUGUCGCUACGCAUAGACGAUACGGGACUAAUUUGUUUCCAGUUCAUGAUCAAAGUAGAAGAUAAUCACAACUGUUACAUUGAUUUUUACUGUCCAGCGGACGUCGACUUUGAGGAAGACGAAUGAAUGCAUAGAGAACGAAUAAUGGCCGCACCAAUAAAUGAAAACUCUUCGUGAACAAAACUCAAUUUUCAAAUAUUAAAAAACUCGACACAUUUUAGGAGAACGAAGAUCUUUGAUAAUCCUAGAGAAGAAACUAAAAGGCCAAAAGUAACUUUCGUCUUUCAUACAUAAUUUGUCAUUCAGUUAAAUGAACGCCUUCAUUAAACCCCGCCAGUUGGUAAAUUA